AUGGCCGCCGCCAAGUUUGCACAGGGCGGGUCCAAGAUGACCAUGAGGGCGACCAAGGCCGGCUCGUCAUCUGCAGGUCCGGCUCGCCGCUCAGGCCCACGCGGAUCCGCAUCGAACCGAGGCAGCAAGAAGCCGGCUGCUGCAGCUCAAGAUGCGAGCGAUUCGGACGAGGCGGUGCAAGACGACCAGAUCUCGCUCGAAGGCGACGAGGACGAGGUGGACGACGACGAACCCGACACCGAGGACGAGAUUGAGGCAGCUAAAGGAGCUGGCGCCAAGAGCAAGAAGACUGCCAAGCGCAAGCGCAGGGCCACCUCGCCCACUUCGUUCGGUAAUGCGCUCGAGGGUCUGCUCGGCAUCGCGCCCUCGACAUCAGCAGCCACGCUCGACACGCUCGAAGAAUCGGACGAGGACGAGAAUGCAGCGGAGAAGGCAAGCCGUAAGAAGGCGAAGCAGACUUCCACCAAGGCCGAGGCUCAGGUUCCUGCGAUUCUGUCGCUGGCGCCGCAUCUGCGUCGAUCGGCCCAGUCGACAUCGCUCAGUGCACGUGCGGCACGCAUCGCGCUCGAGCAGAAGCGUCGCCGCGAAGAGCGCUGCCACGUCAAGGACGUCAUCGGUGGCUGGGGCGCGCCAGGCGUGCUGCCACCCAUGGAGGACGAGGACGGCAACAUCAUCGAGACCGCGCCCGCCACAGGUGACGAGGCUGAACGGCUGCAAGAGUUCGUCACGCAGGGCGGCAGCACGGUCUACGAGCGCAAGCUGCGAAAGGUGGCUCAGCGCGGUGUGGUCAAGCUGUUCAACGCCAUUCGCGCAGCACAGACCACCACCGAGGACGAUCUAGAGGAGGUCGAGGCAAAGCAGAGUGCAGCCAAGGGCGCCGCCAAGGCUUCUUCGGUAGCAUCGUCAGCGCCCGGCAAGAAGGCGGGUCUGGCAAGCAAGGAUGCGCGUCUGGCCGACCUGAGCAAGUCCAACUUCCUCGACCUCAUCAAGAAGGGCUCCAAGCCCAAGUCCAGCAGCGUGGCCGCCAAGUGA